GCGCAUCCCUGUGCCUUUUCUUUCACCGGUGCCGUUCUACGCAACGCUCCUUCUUACCCGUUCUCGAUGAACCGUAGUCGCUUGUGGGGUGACACAGUCUUUGCAUCUUUGUAUGUGUUUCGUAGGCGCGUUAUUUGACUUACCAAAGCCUGCCUCUUAUUUUGUUUUGUUUUCCUCUUCCCUUGAAAACUUCACUGCCGCUAACUCACACUUCUCCUCCUCCGCGACUUGAUUUCCUCCUUUUUCUGUGUAUAUUCCGUUUGAUCGCCGUGAUGGGAGCCUUGCUGCUCGACCGCGCUCGUGCCGCCAACGUGCGGAAGAUUCGUGCAUGUCUUAUGUUUGGUGCGUAUAUGUGCCUCAUCGCCGCUGCACUCUGCGCGAACGGUGUGAUGAGCCAGAAGGACGCGACAGAUGCCGCGAAGAAGAAGCUGGAGAAUGAGCGUUGGAAGCAGACGAAGCGCGUCUACUCGCUUCUCGACCACUGUCUGCGCAUCUGCAUGUUUGCUUUUCUCUCCGCCGUCUUCGCCGGCCUUACACUGGGCGUGAUGUGCGCCAACACCUUCACGCUGGAGAUCAUCGCAGAGAGCGGGCCGCUGCCGGACUGCACGUACGCCGCAACGGUGCUCCCGCUCCGCAAGCAAGGCCACAAAACGCUCUGCACCUUGAUCAUCACCAAUAUGCUGUGCAACGUGCUUAUUGUGCAGGAGUUCAGCGAAGUGUUUGACGUGAUUGAGGCGAUCCAGACGCGCGGCUCGUCUACGCACGUGGUGGACGACAGCGGCUCCGCGCUUUACAAGUUCAUCGUCAGCACCUUCAUUAUUGUGGUCUUCGCUGAGAUCUUGCCCAUGUCGAUCUGCCGCUCCAAGCACUCGCUGCGUGUCGCCGCGGCGGGGUCGAUCUUCGUGAAGGUGGCAAUGAUUCUCACCUACCCGAUCUCCGCCUCCCUGGGCUGGUUCCUCGACAAGGUCGUCGGCUCGGAGGAGACCGGCCUGCUGUACGACAAGAAGGAGCUGCGCAAGCUGAUGGUGAUGCACUACGAGCGGGAGGGGCUGAGCGACGCAAACAUGGCCACCUCGGAGUUGAACCUGAUGCUGGCGACCAUGGACUUCCACGAGCGCAAAGUGUGCGACAUCAUGACCCCGCUGGCGGAGAUGACCUACGUGCAGGAGACUGACCUCAUCACGCCGGACUUCGUGGAGCGGCUGUGGAUGUCGGGGCGCUCGCGGGUGCCGGUGGAGUCGGCCCCAGGCGUCUUCGAGCACAUCCUCGUUGUGAAGGACUUAAUGACAGUCAACGUGUCGAACGAGUUUGCGCCGCUGACGGUGGCGCAGGUGGUGAAGGCGAAGGACCGCCUCUUCGCGAUGGUGUGCUCGAACACGCUGCUGCCGUCGAUGCUGAAGUUUUUUCUCGAGGCGCAGACGCACAUGGCGGUGGUGUUUGAGGAGGUGACGAACGCGUCAGGGGCGACGGUGGGGCCGUGCUUUGUGACGGACUUCGACCUCGCUCACCGGACCUCCGCGCCGCACCGCAGCUUUGGCGGAACCGCACCGAAGAUCAUCGGCAUCGUGACGCUGGAGGACGUCGUCGAGGAGCUCAUUUCGGCGGAGAUUUACGACGAGUACGACCGCUACGAGCCGGUCGAGCACGCCACUCGGUACAACUCGCUGGAUAUUCCCGGGAAUGGGAGGCACCCGCACCAGCUGAACGUGCCGCGGGAGCCGGAGAAGCCACCGCGAGUGAACUUCUACUCCUACCUCACCCACCCAACGGAGGAGAUCCCGCUGACAGAGGCGCAGGUGUGGGCCGUUGCUUACUUUCUGAACCGCGCCGUGGAGUGCUUCUACGCGUGGCAGCCGCCCUUCAUCAAGCUGCUGCUGGACGAGUGCAAGGACAUUCAAAUCUUGAGUCCGCCGGAGAGGCAGGCGAACAGCGUGACCGAGGCGCCGCUGAGGACCCCGCUGGAGCCUUCCAUGGACACGACCCACAGCGCCGCCAGCUCCUUCUACGGUGGACGCGGCAGCAGCUUCGCGGCGCCGUCCCUCUACCGCGGCGACCACAGGCAGUUCAUCAACGCCGCAGCGGACGAGUCGCACAUUUUAUACAAGCGCGGCAUCCGCACCGAUAAGUUCCUCCUCGUGCUCGGCGGCCGCGUCGAACUCCUCGUCGGCUCGGAGAACUUCCGCUCGAAGCUGCAGAGCUUCAACUACAUCGGCGAGGAGGCCCUCACGAUGCCGUUCUUUGUGCCGGACUUCAGCGCUAUCGUCACCGCCGCGGCGCGUGUCUACUGCAUUCCGAAGGAGCUGUAUGAGAAGUACUUGUCCUACCAGACGAUUAGUCGCCAUCGCAACAACAACGUCCGCAUCCUCGGCCCCGGUUCACCCCUCACGAUUCGUCUCUCACCGGCACGCAGCACCUUUAACCCGUCGCCGGCCCCUGAGAAGGAGAGUCUUCUGGGCUCUCAAUCGGAGGGCAGCCAUCACCACAGUCCGCGAGGGCAGCCGUACGGCACCUUCAGCUCGAAGAAGACGUCGUAG